AUGAAGGGUACCUUUUUUUUGCGAAGGCAAAUUCUAUCAGGCGCUCUCUCCAAAACAGAAGUAGGUAAAAAAAUAAUUCAAGGAGGUUUUCAGCUGCAUCCCUACUUUGAUGUGCACCACGAACUAGGUUCGAGGGAAUUUAUACUUUAUUCUAAUAAUAUCCAUGAUGCUUCUGUUUUGGUUCAUUGUUUAGUUGGUAGUUCGCCGUUGCGCUCUUUGGACGGAGGUUGUAAAAAGGAUACCGGUAAGAAGAAACUGCUUCCCAAGGCGAGGUGUCAGAAUUGCACAGUAAAUGUUCCCCCUGUGGAAUUUUCUGUGUUUGUGUAUGUGUUUGGUUCGGGGAUUACAGUUGAGAUCUCUUGUAGUUCCAUGCUCGGUUUUCUUAUUAUCGAUGGUGUGACCACUCACGAUGGUCUCAUCACCGACUCUUUGGUGCCGCGAGAAGGAUACCCUAUUGGUGAAAUGUUGUAUCAAGGCCCAUGGCUGAAUCAAAGAGCUCUAUCGGAGUCGGUACUUAGCGUGAGAAGUAACGUGAACCCAUUGGACCCCUGGAGGCAGGAACAGGCGUUUUUUUUUAACAGACAUGUGCGACCCUGGAUCUCGCGUUUUUUGCGUUUUGGUCACUCUCCUGUUCAUACUGUAAAACCUGAGUUCGCGGAUGCGCUUUUUUGUUUUCUUGAGUGUUUUUAUGUUGAUGAUGACCUUGCAGCCUUUGUAGAGCGAUUCGCACAUGAGGUGCAAAGAAAAGAAAGAGAGAUGUGGUCUAAAAUUGUGAUGGAUAUCAUUCGAUGA